AUGACGAAUCCAAACAAGGACCCCUAUGUUUCUAAAGCGACAAAGAAAGCACUCAUGAUAAAAAUCUUUAGUUCAACACCAAAUGCUUGGUUUAUGGAUAUCUUGGAAAACAUUCCGAGGUAUAGAGAAGAUGGACCACCAUACUGGCUAAUAUUUGUCGGUCAAAACACAAGAUACUGUGAAGCCAUACCAUUACAGUCCAAAAAUAUUUUAGAUGUGAAAACUGCUUUGACAAUAUUCGUUGACAAAUACCAUCCAACAAAACUGACAUCUGACUGUGAAAGUUCUUUCAAAUCAGACGAUAUUAAAAACUAUCUGCGUUCAAAAAAUGUAAACCAAUAUUUCAUUGUCGACCAAAACCAUUCUGCUCUUGGUGUCAUUGACAGUUGUAUAAAAAUCUUAAGAGACUUAAAUCAACCACAAGGUGGUGAAGCAAAUGAAAUGUCAUAUGCGACAAGUAUAGACACUUCUCCAUGGCAAAGAUGA